AUGUUUCGCAUACUCGAAUCGCAGGCCCCGGCCAAACAAACCGCCACGGAUACGAUCAAUACUCUGAGCAGUAGACUGCAGAGUGCUACACUGUUGGAAGACCGUCGGGCAGCUAUCCAGGGACUGAGGAGCUUCGCGAAGCUCUAUCCUGCCUCCGUCGCCUCUGGUGCGCUGCGACCGUUGAUUAGCGGUCUUACAAAUGACCGAGAAGAUGUGGACACGAUUAAGGUGGUCCUGGAGACCUUGUUGAACCUGUUUUCGCCGGAUGAGAAUAGUCCCGAAGCCUCUGAUGAGAUUGCUCUUUGGCUGGCCGACGAGUUCACGCAGCGACAAGACAACAUCACCGCCCUCCUCGACCUACUCGAUACCAGAGAAUUCUACUCUCGCCUAUAUUCCUUGCAAUUGAUGUUCCAGAUCUCGAGCGCGCGACCGGAGAGAACGCAGGAAUGUAUAUUGACGGCACCGCUGGGAAUCCCGAGGCUCGUCACUGCUUUGGGUGAUGCUCGAGAACCAGUCCGGAAUGAAGCCUUGUUGCUCCUCAUCGCGCUUACCCCGGCAUCCGAGGAAUUCCAGAAGCUUGUCGCAUUCGAGAAUGCAUUCGAUCUUGUAUUCUCCCUCAUCGAAACCGAGGGUGCCUUGACGCAUGGAUCGGAAGUCGUCGAAGACUGUCUCUCUUUGCUCGCCAAUCUCCUAAGACUCAACAUCUCCAACCAGUCAUACUUCAGGGAAACGGGCUGCGUCAAGAGAGUAGCGAAGCUUCUCGCCGACGUGAACCAAGAACAGAACUCUGGUGAACCUGCUCCCCAGUGGACGCUCGCUCAUCGCGAUAAGAAUAUCUGGGGCUUGCUGGUUAUAAUUCAACUGUUUUUAGUUCGCGGUGGAAUCAAUACACCGGCCAACCAAAUGGCAUUCUGGAAUAACGGUGUGAUGGAGCAAGCGUUAAGUGCUGCUUUUAGCCAAAGAUUCAGCGUCAAUGUCACGUCUAAGGCGCUGGCUACCAUUGCGGAUCUGAUCAGAGGAAACCCACCUCUGCAAGAAAGGUUCGGCGACGUGGAGGUCUUCUGGGGCGUCAAACCGACCGAGGGCGCUGUGAACGGCGAUGCAGCGGGCAAAGAAUUCCAACGCAUCAAUGUGAUGGAGGCUCUGCUCAAACUCACACUCGAGCCUGCCACUAUUCAACUUCUCGACGCACGUCUUGCCGCCUGUGAAUGCGUCAAAGCAUUUUUCACCCACCACACUGGAAUUCGCGUUCAUGUUCUGCGAAGAGCCAUCGAUGGGCAUGUCAGCGGGCAGGAUGAGAUUCCUAACAUCUUGUCUGUCUUGCUUACCCCGCCAGAACUCCGAGGCAAUGCCGAUCCGUAUCAGACGUGGAUGGCUUCUGUUCUGAUGUUCCAUCUGCUGUUUGAAAAUGCCGAAGCCAAGGCGAUUGCUAUGGAGGUAACGGAGGGUGAUGCCGAAAGUGGCGAAGAAGUCAUCACCUGCAUUCAGACCAUAGUUGGCAACCUGAUCACUGGCAUACAAAGGGGGGAUGACGAACGAAUCACUCUUGGGUAUCUCAUGUUGCUCUGUGGGUGGCUCUUUGAGGAGCCUGAUGCCGUGAAUGACUUCCUUGGAGAAGGGAGUAGCAUCCAAACUUUGCUACAAGAAAUCAAACAUCGCGGGGCUCCAUACGUACUUUUGACCGGCCUUUGCACCGUUUUGCUCGGAAUUAUCUAUGAGUUCUCAUCGAAAGACUCCCCGAUUCCUCGGCAAACAUUGCACAAGCUGUUGAUCGAGCAGUUAGGGCGAGACCAGUUUAUCGAUAAGAUCACGCGAUUUAGGGAGUCUCCCGCGGUUCGCGACUUUGAAGUCCUACCACAGACAGUGGCCGGACAACUCGAAGGAGGCCUUCUCGAGAUCUAUUUCGAUCGCACGUUCAUUGACUUUUGCAAAGACAAUUUUGGCCGUCUGACUCGCUCAAUUGACCGUGAGCCUGGCCUUGAGGUUUCAGUUAUCACCAACGGCGUUGAGAGAGGGGUUUCGCGUGAACUGGUCGAUUCUCUCAAGGGGGAGCUUGAGGACCGGACCCAAUCGAUACAAAAGCUAGAAUCCGACCUUAUUGCUUUGCAAAAUAAACUGGAGCAUGAACAGCUUGAUCACAGGAAAUCCAAAGAGACGAGCACGAUGGAGGCUUCCAAGAUCAAACAAAUUAACGAUUCACUGCAGAGGAAUCACGAACAGGAGCUGUCAGCAUUGAAGCAAGAGCAUCAGCGGGAGAUGAAUGAGCUCAUGAGACAACAUGGCGAUCAGCUCCGCGCAAUUGACAAUCAACUCAGGGUUGCCUCGAAUGAACAUGAAAGGAAAAGUCAGAAGAUGAAAGAACACCACGAGGCCGAAGUUGCCGAGUUACAGAAACGGAUCCGAUCACUAGAAUCGGAAUUCACGCGCGCCGGGGACCAAUAUUCGGGCGAGGUGGCUGAUCUCAAGACAACCAUUGAAAGACUGAUGUCUGAUGCCAGCAAACUGAAGGAGCGACAUGCCGCUGAAAUAUCGGACUUAAAUGAAACGAUUCAACUGCUCGAAUCCAACAUUGACGAGAACAACAAGCAACACACGGCUGAAGUCUCGAACCUGAAUGAGAAGAUACAGAGUUUGCAGACAGAGGUUGAUUCGGCUAAACAGCAGCAUGAAACCGAGCUUGCAGAGCUUAAAUCGACAAAUACCUCUCUCCAGACCGAGCUUGACUCAGUAAAACAACAAUAUGAAACCCAGGUCACGGAGCUCAAAUCUACGAAUGAAUCGCUGCAAUCGAUUGUUGAUUCUGGAAAACAGCAAUACGACGCGCAGCUUGCGGAUCUUCAAUCUAAGAACGAAUCUUUACAAUCAGAGCUUGAUUCUGGGGAAAAGAAGUACGAUGCUCAGCUCACGGACCUCCAGUCUAAAAACAAAUCGUUACAAUCAGAGCUUGACUCUGGGAAACAGCAGUAUGAUGCGCAGCUUUCGGAUCUCCAGUCUAAAAACAAGUCUUUGCAAUCGGAGCUUGACUCUGGGAAGCAACAGCAUGAGAGUGGAGCUGCGGACCUCAAGUCUCGGAACGAGUCCUUGCAAAAAGAGCUUGAUGCUAUCAAAAAGGAGAAUGAGUCCGAGAUCGCAGGUCUCAAGUCUACAAAUGAGUUAUUGCUGUCCGAACUUGACGCAGCCAAGAAGGCUUCUACACAGGAUACACAAGCUGUGCAUGACGACUACUCCUCCAAGAUCUCUGCUUUAGAGAAACGGGCGGAAGAGGCAGAAAAGAAAGCAAAGAAGACCGAAGACGAUGCACGUAAAUCUGCCGAGACACUCAAAGAGGCCCAAAAUGCCCUCGAGAAAGCCAAAUCGGAAGCUAAAGAAAAGGAAGAAGCCCGCAAUGCAGCACAGACUGAACUUGAGGAUCUACUUAUUGUAUUUGGUGACCUGGAGACUAAGAGAAGUGAUGAUAAGAAACGCCUCAAGGAUCUCGGACAGGAAGUCUCGGAUGAAGACGACGACGACGAGGAUGAGGAUGAGGAUGAAGAUUAG